CUGGAUAGCGACUGUUUCAAAAUGGCGGACGACGAUCAAGAUUUCGACGAUUUUGAAGACCAGUUGGACGAAGUAGAUGACCAGGAACCACUUGAAGUUGAAAAAGAUGAAGAGCAGGAGGAAAAUGUUGACAUCCUGCCGUCUGGUGAAGGUAUGAAGGUCCCCAAUGACAAAAGGGUCACAACGCCAUAUAUGACAAAAUACGAACGAGCCAGGGUGCUUGGGACAAGGGCAUUACAGAUUGCUAUGUGUGCCCCUGUUAUGGUGGAGUUGGAGGGGGAGACAGAUCCACUUCAGAUUGCCAUGAAGGAACUUAAAGCAAGAAAAAUUCCCAUCAUUAUUCGACGGUAUCUGCCAGAUGGAAGUUACGAGGACUGGGGUAUAGACGAGCUGAUAAUCACAUAUUAGUCCUCAUUUCUCAGUUUCUGUCAGCAAUAGCAUUUAACAUCAUUUGUAUGAAUAUGUAAAUAAACUUUUAUACAUGA